AUUCGAGCUUCUGAUUAUAGGCGCUUCGUAAAAGUAGUUCGUUCUGUGUGUUGUAUAUAUUUUGAAAAUACCUUUCUUUUAGAUAAUGAAAUUUAAGAGAUUUUGGUAAUAUUUUAAUCGUUUGCUUUCUUUGCAGUUACCAACAAUUCCAGAUAUUUGUCAGAAAGAUAUUUUUGAUGCACUAGAAUUUGGAAGUGACUGUUUAUCAGAAUGGAGGAUGAUGAGUACAGGGCAUUAUGUAUUCGGCUCGUGUGUAAAAUGGCCCAAAAACAAGCGUUUGUUCGUGUAAAUAGAAUCAACUUACCACUUCCUGAAAAUGUCUCUUCGACAUCUACAGAUAGAAAUGAUAAUACUCAUCCUUCUGAAGACCUUGUGUCAAAUUCACUGGAUUUAAAAGUCGAAUUAGAUAGUAAUUCUUUGCAAAAAUUAUCUGACUGUGAACAAAAUAUUAGACAAAUAAUUAGAACUGCUUAUCAAUUUACCAGGCACAGUCAUCGAGAGAAACUUACUGUAAAAGACUUGGAAAAGGCUUUUAAAAUUCAUCGUGUUGAUAUGAAACCUGAUGAUAUUUAUUCAUUUAUUGAUAAAAAUGAUAUAGAUACAGAUACAGGUGAAGUUGAAACUGAAACUGAAACUAUUACAUGCACAGAGAAUACAUACAAAGUGGAUCAAAUCUAUCAAAGUGUACGAGAAAAAGUGGAGCAGUCAUUUAAUUCCGUAAACAGAACAUUUUAGCAUAUACUUGGAAUUACAGUUUAUGAAAACAAAUUUGCUUUUAUACAGGUUGAUAACAAAGACAUAUAACACU